CCAGUAAAAUAUUUUCACAGUCUGUCUUGUUUUAGGUACGAAAUACGAGGGUAACGGCGUUUCUGUGGAUGAGGAGAAAUUGUUGAAGGAUUUGAAGAGCAUGACUAAUGAAGAGAAGCGUAAUUUGAAAAUGGACACCGUUAAAGCGAUUGAAGAGCUAAGUGACAACAAUCGUCACUUACUGUUAUCUCCAUCAAAUAUGGUUAACGAAUACACGAUAGGAUAUAGCAAUGAGGAGAAUAACGCGACCAACUCGUGGAUAAUGUCACCCGAAUCUACAGCUUCUACUACAGCUUCUACGUCUUCUACGAGUAAAAAGCAGAAUGCUGAUGUCGGCGCGCCGCUUGAAAUCGCGAAAGAUAUCGAUUAUACUUCUACGUUCGACUCUACCGCUAACAAGCGCGAAACUGAUGAGACAAAUUGGGAUGAAUUACGCACGAUCGAGACAACUGGAUCGGAGACGUUCGACUUAUUAUCGUACCUUUGGGACGAAGGAUAUUAUUUACAGGGAGACGUACGUUCAUCAGAGGGUAGUGUAUCCACCGAAUCGUCAGUUAAAUUCAAAUCUCUCUCAUCGGCAUCGUCGUCGGUAUUUUCACACACUCCCACGAAAGUAAAGACAGAAGAGGUUAAUAAUGAACCAACACCACCGAAGCGUCGUAGAAUGGAAACUCGAGCGACGACGGCGACGGUGACUUCGUCUUCUGUGGAAGCGACUCCCGCAACGUCGUCACGAAGAUCGGAGAGAAAGAGAACGACGUCCUCGAGCGGCAAGGAAAAGGAGAUCUCGGUUUUAAGGAUAAAGACGAGAGAUAAGAACGGAAGGAAGAAAUAUUACGAGAGCGAGUCCGAGGAUGAUGUCGCUCUCGCGCAGUACAGGGAGUGUCGAGAGAAGAACAACGAGGCCUCGCGAAGAUCACGGAUGAACAAAAAGGCCAAGGAAUCGGAGAUGGCCAUGAGAGCAGUCGAACUGGAGAGAGACAACAAGAUACUUAAAAUGAAGGUUGAGGAGCUGGAGAAGCUGGUGACGUCGAUGCGUAGCGCGUUACUACAAUCUGCUUUGAAAAAAGAGUUUUAAGUAUACGCGCUUUGUUUACUUGACAUAUCCGCACGAGCUGUCGCGCAUAAUUUAUCAGUAGUUACGAUUCAUUUGUUUUAUCAUAUGCAUGCCUCAUUAUUGCGUCACGUUUUUAUAUUAUAUUAUGUGAAAAUUAUAUGUGAAUCUUAACAAGUUGAAUUUAAUGCGUUUUAAUUGUCUUAUAAUGUGAAGGGAUUGAAGGUCGUCGAACGACCUUUUUAUUAGUUUUAUUUUAGAGUAAUAAAUUAUUACUCUUAAUCCUCUGAUGUUUUGUUAUAGGGAGACAUUUAAAUAACACAACAUGUCCUCCCGUCAUAUGUUUAUAUUUACGUCUUUAUGCGAUAUUUAAUUUGUUGUUCACUUCGCAGAUGUGAAUUAUAAUAUAUGAAUUAAUUUGUAAAACGCGCGUUUCGAGGCGCGGUUCGGUUUUUGUUUGCCGACACGCGCGGACAAGGUGUUGAACAAGAAUGUAUUUUGAUGAUGAGACAAGAGAGAAACACCAAAAUUAGAUUGUAUUUUACGUGAAACACACACAAAUUGCAUGUAUACAUAGAGUUACUUUGUAUAUUCAAACAAGAAAAACAAGGGUAUUACACGAGCAAGAGCACGAAAUUUCAAAUGCUAAUAUUCUUAAGAUUGUCGAGAAUAAAGAUGGAUCUUUAAUUCGAACAAAAUCGUACGACCAUAUAUUUUGUUCAGCCUUGUAUUGUACCUGAUACGGACAAAGGAAAAACAAAAAAAAAAAAAACCAAACAAACAAUAUUGUAUAUGCAUA